GUCGAGCUUCUGAGCUCUGAGCCCUGGCUUCCCCGGGAGGUGGGCGAGCUGCGGGGAUCCCAGGGCCACCGGCGCGGGGCCCACUGGGGAGCAGCCAGCCGCUGGCGGGGAGUGUGAGCCAGCGAGGGACUGGCCACUGGAGUCACCCAGAGAGGGGUUGCAGCCAGCCCUUUCCAACCUAAAGCUUGUGUCCUGAAAUCUGAGAUUUGACCCAGAUAAGAUGAUGGGAUCCUUCUGUGAUUUGGAGUCAUAUCGUACUUAGAUGAAGGCGGGACUUCCACGCUCACUGAGAGCUUGCUACUGUACGCACACUUCUUGCUUGUUUGGCACAGGUGACCAUGCCGUCUCUGCCUCAAGAAGCAGGAUCCUCUCCCUUGGAUCUGAAAACAGAAUUACCGUAUCAACGCACAAUGAACAGCAAAGUCAGAAAAAAGAAAAAGAAGGGAGUUAUUACAGCAAAUGUUUCUGGGACAAAGUUUGAAAUUGUUCGUUUAGUAAUAGAUGAAAUGGGAUUUAUAAAAACUCCAGAUGACGAUGAAACGAGCAACCUUAUCUGGUGUGAUGCUGCCGUCCAUCAGGAGAAAAUCACAGAGCUGCAGAACUACCAGAGAAUCAACCAUUUCCCAGGAAUGGGGGAGAUCUGUAGGAAGGAUUUCUUAGCAAGAAAUAUGACGAAAAUGAUCAAGGCUCGUCCUCUGGAUUAUACUUUUGUUCCUCGAACUUGGAUUUUCCCUUCUGAAUAUACUCAAUUCCAAAAUUAUGUAAAAGAAUUGAAGAAAAAACGGAAGCAGAAAACUUUUAUAAUAAAACCAGCUAAUGGUGCAAUGGGUCAUGGGAUUUCAUUGAUAAGAAAUGGGGAUAAAAUUCCAUCUCAGGAUCAUUUGAUAGUUCAAGAAUACAUUGAAAAGCCUUUCCUAAUGGAAGGCUACAAGUUUGAUUUACGGAUUUAUAUUUUGGUUACAUCCUGUGAUCCAUUAAAGAUAUUUCUCUACCAUGAUGGGCUUGUGCGAAUGGGGACAGAGAAGUACAUCCCACCAAAUGAGUCCAACUUGAGCCAGUUGUACAUGCAUCUGACCAACUACUCUGUGAACAAACAUAACGAACGGUUUGAACGAGACGAAACUGAAGACAAAGGCAGCAAACGUUCAAUCAAGUGGUUUACAGAAUUUCUAAAUGCCAAUCAAUAUGAUGUUGCUAAGUUCUGGAGUGAUAUUUCAGAACUGGUGGUAAAGACUCUGAUUGUAGCAGAACCUCAUGUCCUGCACGCAUAUCGAAUGUGCAGACCUGGCCAGUCCCCAGGAAGCCAAAGUGUCUGCUUUGAAGUCCUGGGGUUCGACAUCUUGUUGGAUAGAAAGCUAAAGCCAUGGCUCCUGGAGAUCAAUCGAGCUCCGAGCUUUGGAACUGAUCAGAAAAUAGAUUAUGAUGUCAAAAGGGGAGUCCUGCUGAACGCCCUGAAGCUGCUCAACAUCAGGACCAGUGAUAAAAGGAAAAACUUGGCCAAACAAAAAGCUGAGGCUCAAAGGAGGCUAUAUGGUCAAAAUACAAUAAGAAGGCCUUCACCAGGCUCCUCCGACUGGGAACAGCAGAGGCACCAGCUGGAGAGGCGGAAAGAAGAGUUGAAAGAGAGACUCGUUCAAGUUCGAAAGCAGGUUUCUAGAGAAGAACAUGAAAACCGCCAUAUGGGGAAUUACAGGAGAAUUUACCCUCCUGAAGAUAAGUCACUGCUGGAGAAGUAUGAAGGUUUGCUGACUGUGUCCUUUCAGACCUUCCUUUCAGGAAGGGCGUCUUCAUUCCAGCGAGAACUGAACAACCCUCUGAAAAAGAUGAAGGAGGAAGAUAUUUUGGAUCUUUUGGAACAAUGUGAAAUCGAUGAUGAAAAGUUGAUGGGAAAAACAACCAGGAUCCGAGGACCAAAGCCCCUGUGCUGCAUGCCGGAAUGUGCGGAGGUAACGAAGAAGAAGAAGCAUUGCUGUAGCAGUGAGAGCAGCUACGACAGCAGCAGCAGCUACAGUAGCAAUUCAGAGCUGGACGAUGUUGAGAGAGAACUGGGCCAGAAGAGACGUGAACGAGGCCCGUACAAGCCUAAGCACUCCAGUCACUGCAAGAUAAUUCAGCAAUCCAAUUCCAUGAGGCGUUCGGUCAGCUGCCCUCGGUCCAUCUCUGCUCACUUAGCUUGCAGUGGGGAUGCGCGCCCCUACUCUUCUCAACAAAUGAUUCCAUUAGUACGACCGACUUCAGCAACCCGGUCACAUUCCUUAAACCGUGCUUCCUCCUACAUGAGACACCUGCCCAACACUAACGAUGCCGGCUCUCCCAAAUCCCUCUUGAAUGAGCCUUUUCGGCAAUUGAAAACGAAAGAACAGGAAGAUGACUUCACAAGCCAGACUUUGUUUGUCCUCAAGGACAUGAGGAUCCGCUUCCCGGGAAAGUCAGAUGCAGAGUCAGAACUCAUGGUAGAAGAAAUCAUGGAUAACUGGAAGCAUUAUAAAACAAAAGUGGCUUCAUAUUGGCUCAUAAAAUUGGACUCCGUAAAACAACGAAAAGUUUUGGAAAUAGUAAAAUCAAGUAUCCGUACAAUUCUUCCGAGAAUCUGGAGGGUCCCCGACGCUGAAGAUCUGAGUUUGUACAGGAUUUUCAACCGAGUGUUUAAUCGCUUACUCUGGAGUCAUGGCCAAGGACUGUGGAGCUGUUUCUGUGAUUCAGGCAGAUCGUCCUGGGAGAGCAUCUUCAGUAAGAGCCCAGAACUGGUGACGCCUCUGCAGCUCCAGUGCUGCCAGCGCCUGGUGGAGCUUUGCAAGCAGUGCCUAUUAGUGGUUUACAAAUACACAACAGAAACUAGAGGACCCAUCUCAGGUGUUGGUCCUGACUGGGGUAACUCCAGGUAUGCGCUACCAGGAACUACCCAAUUCCUCAUGAGAUCACCACUGUACAACAUGAAAUAUAAUUCACCAGGAAUGACUCGCUCCAAUGUUUUGUUUACAUCCAGAUAUGGCCAUUUGUGAAACAGAAUGGAAGAUUGCCAUGCUAGGCAUAAUUAGCAAUUCAUUUAUUUCCUCCAGUUGAAGCUUAAGGAAGUGACCCUUUUGUGCUGUUUUAUGUACAUAUGUCAUAUAACUGUACGAACGACACACAUGCACUCAAGUAACAUAUAAAUAUAUAUAUUUAUUAUAUGUAAGAAGAAUUAGCAGAAAACAGAAUAUAAGAUUAACCUUUCUGGAAAUGUAAUAAACCAUGUUAAAAUUGUUUACACAAAUAUGCAAAUGUGUAGAAUUUGCUAGGUUUAUAAUUAAUUACUUCCUACUAGAAAUGUUAUUUUUGCUGCAGAGUCUAUAAAGCAGAAUUGAUCUUGAAGAUCCCUUCACGGUUUUGAAUUAUUUUCCAGAUAUCAUAGCUUUUGACUUGAGAAAGUACUGAUAGUAUCUAUUACUUCUCUCACUCAUAAUAGCCAUUUAGCGGUGAAACAUAAGACUUAGAGGGCUUGGCUUGACUAUGGAUUAGGAUAAAACAGGUUGUUAUUACUAUAGCACACUGUAAAGCACUAGAGAAUAUCCCAGCCUGACUCUCCAACAUUUUAUUCCCCUAUAUGGAAAUUUAGCUGCUUGUUCUAGUAUACAUUUCAAUUAAAAUCUGAUAAAAUCCUGGUGUGAUCUAAAAGUGGGAAAGGAUCCCAUGGCCUAAGAAUAAAAUAUGAAUAUGCUUUAAUUGGACUUUUUUUGUGGGGAACCACAUAAAAAAAAAAAGAAAAAAAAAACCAAGACAAUGGCGGCGACAGUCUUUCGUGUGUGACUUUUGUGUCUCCCAGCACUCGCUUCUUCCGGAAAGUAUCGUUGAUUGGUUCACGAGUCUCAGCGUUGAGACCAGUGUGCCUUGCAAAGUCUACUAGUUUCUCAUUUCACCUCAUAGAAUAGCCUAAAGACCCCGAAGAGAAGGUACCAGUGAGCACAUGUCACUGUUUGUCCACGUGCCCUGGAGGGGUCUAUCGUCUCCCUGUUCACAGGCGUCAUGCAUGGUCUCAGAGCACUGCACCCCGGUUCUUCCUCUUCAUGUCUGAAGUUUCUAAGCGAAUUUGUGGGCUCUCAGUUUCACAUGCAAGAUAGACAGCACACUCACAGAUGGUUGAACUCUUCACGUUUAACAUUUGCUUAAACUUUCUUCUGAUGCUAAGUAUUUACAAAACUUGAGUAUGUUUACCACCUUGUCAUAUCCUAAAACUGAUUGCCAGUAAAUGAAGAAAUAGCUCCAAAGCAUCAGAAAGGCCAUUUGGCCAGGUUUCAUCCAAAGCUGGGUAGGUGGUGGCUCAACAUUAUAAGGCUUUUAAAACUACCUUUGCAGAGUAUAUUUUUAUUGUAAUCACUUUUACACAUAGUACUGGUAGCUGCUACUUUAUGGCUGCCUACCUACACAUCUCACAGCACAGACUUCUUACUGAAAACAUCCCACAUAUUUUUUUUAAAAAGUGUUUUUGAAGGAGAAUAAAACCUCCAAAUGAAGAAAAUGAGUGUGGUAUUUGGGAGUCCAUAUUGUGUUUUUUUCUUUUUUUAAUGGCAUAGAUUUCUUAGAAUAAGUGAGGCAGAUUUUGGAAAUUUACAGAAUCUUUGUGGGAAUAAUAAUCAAAGCAGUCUUUUUUAAAUGGCUUAUUUGUAGUCAAUUUGUUUUGUUUUCAAUUAAUGAUUUAAAAAUCAUGGGGGAAUGAAAGAAAAAAUAAAAGUCAUGGAGAUAUGACUGAAAAUGAUUGUAUGUGAGACCAACUUAAUUUGUUGGUCAUUUGCUUUAUCUGAAACCACAAAUGAUCAUUGGGUUGAAUGUAUUCUUU